UUGAUGCAAUCUAUUGGGUUUCCUACUUCCUAAGCCGGGAUUGAAGAUUCACUACUUUUAUCAAUGGCUGGCAUGCAAAGGAAUAACCUUUGCGAAGGAAAAGCUCCCCCAAGCCAUACCUUUCUUCUUUAUUGUGAUUAUUACUUACUUUCUUACCAAGCUUAGAACCCUCCUGCAUUUUCGUAUAUAAGAUUGGUUCAAUGCAAAUGGUGAUAGAGACAUUGUUUUUUACAUCAACAACAAAUACUAUAUUCAACCAUGCCGAUAUAUGAAUCCUCAGAGUCUGACAAUGAGACCACCCCACGGGUAAAGCUCUUUGGACAUGAAAGGCCCAUGCAUGCCAUUCUUGGAGGAGGAAAAGUUGCUGAUGUAUUACUGUGGAGGAACAAAAAGGUAUCAGCCGCAUUAUUAAUUGGAGUAACAGCGAUAUGGUUUCUUUUCGAGGUGGCUGAGUACAAUUUCGUGACCCUCUUCUGUCACAUCUCCAUCACCACGAUGCUUAUGAUCUUCAUGUGGAGCAUGUCUGCAGAAUAUCUUGGAUGGAAUCGUCCAAAGAUCCCUGAGUUGUUAUCGAAUGAACAUGCCUUCAGAGAAGUUGUUUCCAGCUUCCAUUGGAGGUUCAAUCAGUUCUUGCAAAAGUUCCUCCACAUUGCUGGUGGAAAUGAACCUGUGAACUUCUUUUUGGUAAUUAUUUCUCUGUACAUUAUAUCUGUGAUCGGAUCUUAUUUCGACUUCGUGAAUCUCCUAUUCAUUGGUUUUCUCUGCAUGGAAACGCUGCCAUAUCUGUACACACAUUACGAGAGUGAAGUUGAUUAUCAUGCUGGGCAAAUGACCCGAAAGGUGAGCAAAAUGUACAGAAGCUUUGAUUCAAGAGUUCUUAACAAAAUACCCAGAGGACCAGUAAAGGAAAAGAAGCACACGUAAAAAAGUUAAUAGCGUGCAAAAUUGGAUUCCCGCUUUGUUUCCAUUGCGGAUGUACAUUUUCAUACACGUGUAAAAACCUACAAAGUCCAUGUUGUAUUGUUAAAAUUCUUACCAUAUAACAGAAGCUAAUGAAAUAUGCUUGAUGGGUGAUCUAAUCAAACAGAUUUACAUUGACAAUA